GAGCACACGCUAGCCAACCCAAUCGCGACCCUCGCCAGUGCCAUUCAGCCUGCCACAACAGCAAUUCAACAGCAUCUUGCACAACACACUUCUGGCGCCACCAACGCCUCGGAACUACAACAUGCCCUUCAGACCGACCCGGCCAUUCAAACACCGGACCUAGACGCCCUGGCUAACCAGCUCCUAGAGAUCCUUCAAGACGGGCUUAGUAUCCUAGUCGACAUGUGCCCCAAAAAACCACCCACCCGCGGUGUGUUUGCACCUCGAAAAAUAAAUAAGCGCAUCCGGGAGUCCCACAAUGAGAUAAAACAGCUACGCACACAGUGUGACGCACUACUCCAACAACAGCACCCAUAUGCUAACAUCACGACGACGACGGCGCCUAACACUGGAAUCCCAUUGCCUGACCCAACGACAGAGCAGGAUGCUGAAAAUCCGCCACCCCAACAGCCACCCCCGGCGCACGACGCCACCACCACCGCAGAACCACAACGCCGGCCUCGACCUCCCCCCGCCACGCCGGCGAUAGCCAACCUGACUGACAAAAUAAAGAGAGCCGGAGAUACGCUGCGGCAAAUCCUGAAAA